AUGGUACAGUCUACUACCCCUCUACACAGCCACAUGGUACAGUCUACUACCCCUCUACAUAGCCACAUGGUACAGUCUACUACCCCUCUACACAGCCACAUAGUACAGUCUACUACCCGUAGUCCAGGGUUACUAGGGAUGUUCCAAUGAAUGAACAUCCAGUUAUAUGGUCAAAAACACCUUUUCGCCAAACGUUCUUGUAACCGUUAUGGCAUGUCCUUCUCCGUGUAUCUCCUCUGGUGGCAGGAUUUAAAGAUGGCUCGUGUGUGGUAGGGGAGGUCGGAGCAGACGUUAAGGCCCCCGGUGUCCCGGUGGUAAACCGUCCGGUGGAGACCACCCAGCACCAGCCCAGUGUGGGUAGUCCUGGUAGCAGCUCUGUCCGCAGCCCACUGCUCCGACAGAGACGGGUCAUCUGCUAUGAGGAUGAGAUCAGCGAUGAGGACGAAGCAGGUGAGGUUUGUGUUGGUCGAAACAUCGUGUUGGUGUGGUUGACUCGAAAUGUUGUAUUUGUCUCACCUAUUUUAUGAAGAGAUCACUUUUUGGGAAUUGUUUGAUUGGAUAUUUUUGUUCAGUUUCUGUGCAUCAGUUGGAUGUGCAUUAAACCCUCUCCUUUCAUUCUCUCUCUCUCUCUCUCUCUCUCUCUCUCUCUCGCUCUCUCUUUCUUUCUCUCUCGCUCUCUCUUUCUCUCUCUCUCUCUCUCUCUCUCUCUCUCUCGUUCUCUCUCUUUCUCUAGUGACUCCGCCCUUCCACCUGGUGGCUGGUCAUGGUACUGCCCCUGGGGUACUUGCUGACUCCGGCACCGUGAUUGCUACAUCACCCGUUGAGGUGGAGGAGGAGAGCGAGGGACCAAUCACCCCGCUCUACAGAAGCUCUCCGGAGUCGGAGGAAGGAGUCGGCGGUGUUCCUUCCUCCGGCACCGAAUCGCCCUUCCUGCCCGGGGAAGCAGGGAAUAGCCCCACCACAGGCCCCACUAACCUGGGUGUGAGGAAGGACCCUCAGGGCCCCCUGGAGCCCAGGCGCUCCCCUAAGCUGGAACACAAGGCUGUGGCCCGCGUCAAGAGUAUGAUGAGUAUCGAGGCCCCGCCCAUCCUGCCAACCAACCAGCAGAACCAGAACCAGAGACCCAAAGGAGAGGAGUCUCCGACCUCCCCAUCCUCCCAGUCUCUGGCCCCGCAGCCCGGGGUAGCCUCCAGCCGCUCCCUGGGCCGGCCUGGGUCUAACCCCGACCCCCUCUGUAAGAAGGGCGGGGCCUUCAGCGAGCUGGCGGGGGUCUGCACCAUCAACAGGGUGGUCCUGAGGAGGAGUGAGGAGGAGUCCUUCGGUAUGGACCUGGAGAUCAAGUCGUCUCCUCUGAAGGUGGUGAUCACAGGACUGAGGCCUGGAGGAGCGGCCGAAAGGGUACAUCUACCGUCUUCCCAGCCUGAAAUCCAAACUGAUAUUUCGCCAUAUCAGUUUGGAUUCCAGGCUGAUGUCUACACAGACAUCACAAAUCAACCAGGUUAACCACCACUGGCAUAAGGAGUAAACCAGCCAGACAAUAUGUAUCUAACUGCCGUACAGUACAGUCCUAAAAUCCUCUAUUGACUAUAACACUGGCUGCCUGUUCCUGGCCCUAAUGUCUUCACCAACCAUUACAUAACAUCAUGAUUUAUUGGAUCUGUACACUGUCCCCUUUUUAUGACCUCAUACACUGUCCCUUUUGACCUGUGACCCUUAUGACCUGUGACCCUUAUGACCUGGUUGCAGGAAUCCCAGGGCAGGAUGUGUGUGGGGAGAUGAGAUCGUGUCGAUUGGGGACACUCCCGUCAGCUCGUCGUCCUAUCACGACAUCUGUGAGCUCAUGCACAACCUUCCUGUGACGCUCACGCUGGAGGUCAAGAGGCCCGUGUCAGGUGAGACUACGGCACGUAGAGGCAACCUUCACUAAGCACUAUUAACAAGCCAUUCCCCCAGCACUCACCCUGUGAAUCAACCUUCACUAAGCACUAUUAACAAGCCAUUCCCCCAGCACUCACCCUGUGAAUCAACCUUCACUAAGCACUAUUAACAAGCCAUUCCCCCCAGCACUCACCCUGUGAAUCAACCUUCACUAAGCACUAUUAACAAGCCAUUCCCCCCCGAGCACUAACCCUGUGAAUCAACCUUCACUAAGCACUAUUAACAAGCCAUUCCCCCAGCACUCACCCUGUGAAUCAACCUUCACUAAGCACUAUUAACAAGCCAUUCCCCCCCGAGCACUAACCCUGUGAAUCAACCUUCACUAAGCACUAUUAACAAGCCAUUCCCCCCAGCACUCACCCUGUGAAUCAACCUUCACUAAGCACUAUUAACAAGCCAUUCCCCCAGCACUCACCCUGUGAAUCAACCUUCACUAAGCACUAUUAACAAGCCAUUCCCCCCCGAGCACUCACCCUGUGAAUCAACCUUCACUAAGCACUAUUAACAAGCCAUUCCCCCCAGCACUCACCCUGUGAAUCAACCUUCACUAAGCACUAUUAACAAGCCAUUCCCCCAGCACUCACCCUGUGAAUCAACCUUCACUAAGCACUAUUAACAAGCCAUUCCCCCCCGAGCACUAACCCUGUGAAUCAACCUUCACUAAGCACUAUUAACAAGCCAUUCCCCCAGCACUCACCCUGUGAAUCAACCUUCACUAAGCACUAUUAACAAGCCAUUCCCCCAGCACUCACCCUGUGAAUCAACCUUCACUAAGCACUAUUAACAAGCCAUUCCCCCAGCACUCACCCUGUGAAUCAACCUUCACUAAGCACUAUUAACAAGCCAUUCCCCCCCCAGCACUCACCCUGUGAAUCAACCUUCACUAAGCACUAUUAACAAGCCAUUCCCCCAGCACUCACCCUGUGAAUCAACCUUCACUAAGCACUAUUAACAAGCCAUUCCCCCAGCACUCAACCCUGUGAAUCAACCUUCACUAAGCACUAUUAACAAGCCAUUCCCCCCCCAGCACUCACCCUGUGAAUCAACCUUCACUAAGCACUAUUAACAAGCCAUUCCCCCCAGCACUCACCCUGUGAAUCAACCUUCACUAAGCACUAUUAACAAGCCAUUCCCCCGAGCACUCACCCUGUGAAUCAAACAACCUGUAAUUUGACAUCAAGACUUUAUAACACUGUCAUGCAAUGACAUCAUAUCUGCCAUAUGACAACCACCUCUUCAGGUUUUUUUUUUAAAUAACUGACACUAAAUCACGAAAACAUAACAAACAUGGAGUUACCCCUCAGUAGCAUCGAUGGGUGGUCGUCAUAACCUGUCAUAUCAUGUUAUGUCAUCCCCAUCAUAACAGCUGAACAGGGCUCUUGGGCUGUUUCCGCCUCAAUACUAACUGCAUGACAUUACAAACCAAUAACAACUGUCCACCACCAUAACAGGAGCUCAUCAGCCCUAACCUGGGGUGGUGUUUGAACACUUUGAAGAAUUUCCUUAUCAUUUAUCACUGAUAUAACAUCACGUAUCCAAUCAACAUCAGAACAACAUCAACGAUCAGGGAUACCUCAAGGAAGGGAGGCAGGAACCCUUUUUUUUUUUUUAAAGGAUAGUUCACUUGAAUGACGACACCCCAGUCGAAGAUUAGCUCAAACUUGACAAAAAUGAACUAUCCUUUUAAAGUGUCUGAUCACUCCACUCCAGCAGUCAUUAAGAGAAGAGUCUGUCUCUCCCCCACCUCCCCCACCUCCCCCUCCUCCCUAACGCUGCCUUCCCUAAGACGUAAGAUCUCAGCUGGCUCAGCAGUCUGCCCCCUGCUGGCAGUACCCUAACCCUGCACCCCAAAGGGAACAGCACGCUGCUGGCUUUGUAUCCAUGGUGACUAUCCAUUCAUUUACCUCAGUAGUGACUAGAAGCUGCCCAGUAGUAGAGUUUUUGUAGGGAGUCCCCCCCGCCGCUACCCACUUUGUUAGCUUGCAUUAGCUGUUAGCUUUCUUUAGCUAGCCAACGUUAGAUUUGUGUAGUUUUCUGCAUAGCUUAUUUCUUGUUGUUUUGGGACGUGGCGGGAUUGCUGUGAGUUGCUUAUGGUUGGUCACAGAUAAAUAUGGAUUCCUAUGAAUCAGGGUUUCUUAAACUAUGGGUCGGGACCCAAAGUGGUCCCUGGGCAUGUGAGAGGUGGGUGGCGAGUUAUGAUGAGAAUACAUCUAUAAUCACACAUUAUUUCUUCUUGAUUUGGGCCACGGGAGGACGGUCAAUUUCUAAUAUGGGUCUUGACCUGUCUUAGAUUUAGAAAGGUGACUUUAUGUGACAACAUGAGCGCUCACAGCAAGAACACCAACCAACCUAAUUUAAAGAAGAGUAGCCUAACUGUAUGUCCUUGCCUGUAUGUAAGUCGCUCUGGAUAAGAGCGUCUGCUAAAUGACUAAAAAUGUACAUGUAAAUGUAUGUCCUUGUCUGUAUGUCCUUGUCUGUAUGUCCUUGUCUGUAUGUCCUUGUCUGUAUGUCCUUGUCUGUAUGUCCUUGUCUGUAUGUCCUUGUCUGUAUGUCCUUGUCUGUAUGUGCUUUCCUGCUACCCAUGCAUACAUAAUACAUUCGAUUUCUACAUUGGGAUCUACAUCAACACGAUCAUACAUUUUUCUCAGGAUCAGUUUUGCCUUUUAGAUCAUAAUGAAUAUGACUAUAUGGACAGGGGGGACCUGUUCCUGGAUCAGCACUACUAAUCUGAGACGCUUUUUGAAUACUGGACCUGCUUCUGCUGGGCUGUGGAACAAACAGGGGCUGCUGGUUCUGCUGGGCUGUAGACCAAACAGGGGCUGCUGGUUCUGCUGGGCUGUGGACCAAACAGGGGCUGCUGGUUCUGCUGGGCUGUAGACCAAACAUGGGCUGCUGGUUCUGCUGGGCUGUAGACCAAACAUGGGCUGCUGGUUCUGCUGGGCUGUAGACCAAACAGAGGCUGCUGGUUCGAUCCUCAGAAGCUUCCAUUUAAUGUCAGAAAACCAACUCAGUGGGAAAGUAUACGCUGGCGGAGGAUAGGAGGAAUGUUGAUAUCUAAAAACAGAACCGAUAUGUCAGCUCACCUCCUGGUUUGCUUGACGUUAUUGGUGCAUUAGGUCACAUGAUUUAUUAAUGACUAUCCCAUUAAACACUGGUGUCCCAUCGCUCAGUUUUCCACUCUCUCUCGUAUGGUUUACAGUGGCUUGAUGACAUGAGGUUCAUUGAGAUGAAUGAUGGUGUCUUAUUCAGUUGAAGAAUGAACAUCUGGAGAGACUGAGGAACCUAGUUGUUCUGUUAUGUAAAAAAAAUGGUGUUUCGUUUUAAUAUGUUGUUACGUAGCAUUCCAGUUACUAAAUUAAGGUAACAACAAUGUGGUAUAAGAGCAACUUAUAAUGCAAAGUUGUAUUGAACAAAAAAUGUCUCACUGCCUCUUUAAUUCAUUAAGCAAUCUCUUCCUCCCACAGCUGUAGAUCGCCUCUCCAGCCUUAUGAUGUCAUUGGGGAGUUGUGAUGUCAUCGAACCCUCGAAACUGGAUCAGUCUAGAACUCCCCAGGAGGCCAAUGGGGGUGCUCCAAAUCCAGGAAUCCCCUCCUCCUCCUCCUCCUCCUCCUCCUCCUCAGCAACAAAUCACAAUCUCAAACCCACAGCCCCGACCAACCACAACCUUAGCAGUGAUAUACCUGUCACCUACAUCGAUGACAUCAUAACCGAACUAAGCUCCUCCGAUGUUAAGAGUGCCCUCUCUUCCAAAACCCCCAAAGCCCCUUCAGAAGCACAACGUACUGAGACUACAUCCUGCGAGUCAGCUCUAGACAGCAAGGCCCUGCCAGAGAAAGACAGAAGUAAUGUUCAGACCCCUCCAACACGGCCCAGUCAGUUGGACUUCUCGGUCUUGGAUUCUGGAAACAAAGGUUGCCUCUUGCCUGUGGUGGGUAAAACAUUCUUGAACAAUUACUCCAGAAACUUUAGCAGUAAUCUCACAGACGAUGCUCUUUCAAACGGGGUGGAGAAACCCCCCUGGUGCCUCAGCCGCCUCGAAGAGCCACAUGUACGACCUGGUCGAUGACAGCGAUUCAGAGAGCGAAGACACCGUCACCGACGACAGCCCCAUUGGCGCUGCCGGCGAUAACAAACCGGGGAGCCGCGGUGUCGGCACUGAACCCCAGGACACAGAUUCUGAUGAAGAGGAAGUGGAGAUUUGUUACAGUGAGGCCCAGCGGCCCGGCACUCUGAGCCAGGCUGAGCUGACUCACCUAACAGAUGGGCCAUUGUCUCCCCAGCUCUCUAUCUCUGCCUCUGACGGCAGCCACUAUACAAAGGAGUCUGGGCCCUUUGAUGUAGCACUAGACUCUGCUGCUUCUGCCACUUCUGCUGCUACUAUGACGGCUGCUACUCACCCUGAUGCUGCCUCUCAGCAAACCAAAGACAAAGACUGCUCUGUGGUAACAACAACCCAAUCCAACCCUAACGCAUCCCCCUCGCUGUCUCAGGGUAUAUCUGGCUCUCAGUCCUCAGGUGCCUGUUUGGCUGUGGAGUCCAAGGCUUCCCCUUGCCAAAUGGUUUCCCGCCAGUCUUCCAAGGACACAGAUUCUGUACCCACUCCAGGACCUGCAGGGACUUCAGAAUGCGUUGCCAAUGGGGUUAGUGGCAGCAACAUUGUUACACCUGUGAUGAAACCCAGCCAGGCACCUUCUCUAAGUGUUGUAGCAGCUAGCCACAGCGUCACCCCACAGAGUCCGGAGAGGACUGCCAGGCCGACUUUAGGUAAACUAUCUAAUAGUACAUCACCAUCAUCACCAUCAUCAGCAGCAUCAUCAUCAUCAUCAUCAUCAUCAGCAGCAGCAGCAGCAUGCCACUCAACGGCGGUGAAGGCAAUGCCCUCCAACUAUAGUAGAUCUGGCGCUUCGAGACCAUCGCUAACAACGACAAGAGACAGGGAGAGAGAGAACGUUUCCUCGACUUCCCUGGAACCCAGGUUGGUCCAGAAUAACCCUACUAGUCCCUGUCUCAGGACAUCAGGUCCCAAAUCAGUCAACCACACUUCAACAGACAUCCCUCUGUCCAGCAGUAGCAGCAGGCUCAGAGUCAAUGACAAAGUCCAGAAGACCAGCAGCACUGCGCCUAAACUGAAGGGGCUCAGCAUCAAGAGUCAAAACAAAACCCAGCAACAGCAGCUUUCCCCGAAACCAGCCAGAGCCGAAAGUCCGGCGGCACUGGGGAAAGCAAGCAAAACUGCCCCGCUCCAGUCCCCCAAACUGCAAGCCAAGAAGGUAGACUCUCCUCUGCUAACCAGAAAGGCAGCAGCCUCAUCUAGCAGCUUAAAGACUAGCAGCAUCAGUAGCAGGAUCCCCGCCUCGCCCAAACCAGGUGACCGAGCCCAGGACAAGUCCAACCCCACAACCACUACCAUGCUGGAGGCAGCACAGUCAGCCGCCAGGACCAAGUCCAACCCCACUACCAUGCUGGAGGCAGCACAGUCAGCCGCCAGGACCAAGUCCAACCCCACUACCACUACCAUGCUGGAGGCAGCACAGUCAGCCGCCAGGACCAAGUCCAACCCCACAACCACUACCAUGCUGGAGGCAGCACAGUCAGCCACCAGGACCAAGUCGGAGCUUCACCCUAACAAAGAGGAGCAGGUGACUCCAGCUACUGCUACGUCCAAGGAACAACCGGAGCCAGUCCCAACUACCCAGAGGACUUUCAUUGAGGUGCGACUCUCAUCUUCCUCUUCUACUCUUCCUUCCUCCUCGUCGUCUACGCCAGUUCUGACGCGAAAGGAAACUGUGAAUUCAAAGAAUUACUCAAUAACUCAAAAUACUCAUAUCCCAGAUAUUACGUCACACAAAGAACAGGUCAAUGGAAGUGCAGUAGAGACCAAUCUCAGGCCUGCUGCUCCUGCACCCCCUGGCUCUGUGUGUGCUCUAGAAAAGGUCGACAACACUACAAAUGAUUCAGCAGUGAACUCAAUAGUCCUAGAAUCCGUAGAUGUGGUUCCUUUGCCUAUAAACGAUGGUAUCAUAAACAUCUCUCUCAGAAACUCCUGUCUAACAGAUAUGGCUGUGGAAAACCUCAAAACCAACAAGUCCAAACUGAAGGCGAUGGAUCGCCGUAGUUUCUCCACAGACAACAGCACCCCCGGGGAUCCCAACCCCUUCUCUGUCCGCCAGAGGAUCAAGUCCUUUGAGAACCUGGCCAGCUUCGAUAAGCCAGCGCUCAAAUGCAUCGAGAUUCAGUCCUACGCUCAGUCCUAUGCUCUGAUGGCAACGUUGAAGCCGCCUCUCAACCGGAGACUGUCCGGCUACAUGUCUGGAUCGGUGAGCUCCGUGGACUGCCGCUCGCUACGAAGAAGCUUCAGCUCGUGCGUCGACAACUUUAACGUCUCAACCCCCUUGACCCCGUUGUCGCCUCAGCUUCGCAAGUCGCCGUCAAGUCUGACUCUCACGAACUUUGACCUUUUGACUCAAAGCUGCAGCGCCAGCGAAGCUCCACUUGGACAAACACGGGACAAACUCUCGGACGGCGAAAUCUCCAAGAUAUUGCCCCCAGGGGUCGUGACCCUAACCCCUCAGACGCCCCAAGUGAUGCGGAGCCGCCAGACCCGAGUCCACGCCAACCUGUCCCGGUCCAGACUGAGGGAGCUCAGGGCCCUUAGCAUGCCCGACCUGGACAAGCUGUACACCGAUGACUUCUCCAGUAACCCAGGGACCAAUGCCACAUUUAAGACGGAGCUGGAGAUCCACCCAGCCAGGCCCACAGAGGCCCUCCAGAACCAGACAAGGGGAUGUUCCCCGCCUGCUGCCCCCACCGCGGUGCCCCCGACCAGGGCCAGCCGGAGCGACGCUGAGGCCAGCCAGGACCCCAUCCAGGGGAAAACCAACGGGAAAACAGAUCUCAGCAACUGGUCCAUCAGGUGAGUAAAAACACCAACCAUCUCUAUAUUUUUCUUUUUCUACAAUAUGAUUCAAAUAUCCAAUACUUAACUUUCCCUAAGAGUGCAUACAUACAGACAGACACACACAUACGAGUAAAGCAGUGUCACUUCUAUACUAACCCAUAUUUAAAUGUUCUGUUUCCUGUCUUCUCUCCAGUUUGACAGUGCUGGCUGGCUCUCCGGUGGAGCAGAGUAAGCUGCAGUCAGUCCUGGCCACGCUGACCACCAAGACAGACGUGUUGGCCCUGAUACAGGAGACCAAGGCUCUCUCUGAGGUAACCAACGACUGCUUUUUUAGCCUGGUCAUAGAUGUAUUUGUGCUGUCUUUACCACUGUGUUUGGCGUGACAAUGACCAUGGCAUUAACAGAUCCGGAACGAGGCUAGAGGAGAGGAGUGAUAUGUCUAAGACAGUGUUGAAGUAUUUUCAUCCUUGUCUUGAAAGCUCACUUCCUGUGUCUGUGUGUGUUGCGUCUGGUCCCCCCUACCCUAGGUUAAAGACGAUACCCACUUUGUAGUCUUCUCCAAAGAAGAGGGCUCGGGACUUGGUUUCAGCAUCGCUGGAGGAGUGGACCUUGAGCAGAAGUCCAUUUCUGUAAGUACAGUAGUGUAUUUUAGCUAUUUGGAUAUUUGAGCAAUGUAAUGUGGCAUAUUGUUUUAGAAUCUAUUUUAAUUUGAAAAUGUCACAUUUAGCUAAAAAGGAAUUACAUUGGAUUUUCAUCCUACAGAUCUACAUAACCUGUUGCACAUUGCACAAGCAACUUUGGCAGCAAUUACAGCUAUAAAUCAUUUUGAAUAAGUUUGUAAAAUUACAGCUGUAAAAUUAUUUACAGUGCCUUGCAAAAGUAUUCAUCCCCCUUGGCGUUUUUCCUAUUUUGUUGCAUUACAACCUGUAAUUUAAAUUGAUUUUUAUUUGAAUUUCAUGUAAUGGACAUACACAAAAUAGUCCAAAUUGGUGAAGUGAAAUGAAAAAAAUAACUUGUUUCAAAAAAUUCAAAAAAAUAAAUAACGGAAAAGUGGUGCGUGCAUAUGUAUUCACCCCCUUUGCUAUGAAGCCCCUAAAUAACAUCUGGUGCAACCAAUUACCUUCAGAAGUCACAUAAUUAGUUAAAUAAAGUCCACCUGUGUGCAAUCUAAGUGUCACAUGAUCUGUCACAUGAUCUCAGUAUAUAUACACCUGUUCUGAAAGGCCCCAGAGUCUGCAACACCACUAAGCAAGGGGCACCACCAAGCAAGCAGCACCAUGAAGACCAAGGAGCUCUCCAAACAGGUCAGGGACAAAGUUGUGGAGAAGUACAGAUCAGUGUUGGGUUAUUAAAAAACAUCUGAAGCUUUGAACAUCCCACGGAGCACCAUUAAAUCCAUUAUAAAAAAAAUUGAAAGACACCACAACAAACCUGCCAAGAGAGGGCCGCCCACCAAAACUGGGCCAGGAAAGGAGGGCAUUAAUCAGAGAGGCAACAAAGAGACCAAAGACAACCCUGAAGGAGCUGCAAAGCCGUACACUCCACAGAGCUGGGCUUUACGGAAGAGUGGCCAGAAAAAAGCCAUUGCUUAAAGAAAAAAAUAAGCAAACACGUUUGGUGUUCACCAAAAGGCAUGUGGGAGACUCCCCAAACAUAUGGAAGAAGGUACUCUGGUCAGAUGAGACUAAAAUUGAGCUUUUUGGCCAUCAAGGAAAACGCUAUGUCUGGCGCAAGCCCAACACCUUUCAUCUUGGAAUGGCCUAGUCAAAGCCCAGACCUCAAUCCAACUGAGAAUCUGUGGUAUGACUUAAAGAUUGCUGUACACCAGCGGAACCCAUCCAACUUGAAGGAGCUGGAGCAGUUUUGCCUUGAAGAAUGGGCAAAAAUCCCAGUGGCUAGAUGUGCCAAGCUUAGAGAAAACAUACCCCAAGAGACUUGCAGCUGUAAUUGCUGCAAAAGGUGGCUCUACAAAGUAUUGACUUUCGGGGGAGUGAAUAGUUAUGCACGCUCAUGUUUUUUUGUCUUAUUUCUUGUUUGUUUCACAAUAAAUAUUUUGCAUCUUCAAAGUGGUAGGCAUGUUGUGUAAAUGAAAUGAUACAAACCCCCCCAAAAUCUAUUUUAAUUCCAGGUUGUAAGGCAACAAAAUAGGAAAAAUGCCUAGGGUGGUGAAACUUUCGCAAGCCACUGUACAUCUGUAAUUGCUGCCAAAGGUGCUUCCACCAAGUAUUAAUUUUUUAUUAAUUUAGAAAAUGUUCUAUACUUUUUCUUUCACUUUGAAAGUGUGGAGCAGGUUGUGCAAAUCGAUUGUGCGAUAUGGCAUUUACAUUUUAUGUGAUAAACUUGGGUCACGUGUUUUUCAAUUUGACCUUUUCUGAGAUCUCUGCCAAGUAAAGAGAAAAGGAGCCCCCCCCCCCACUUUUACCCCAUUGGACAUCCAUCUGCCAAUCAACAUUGUCCAUCUUCCGUCUCUGAGUGUAGGCUACAUCGUUUGUUGCACGGUGUGAUCAGAUCAUUAUGGCAAAAUAUAUCUAUUAAAAUGAGAGGGAAAGACUAGUGAGUGUUCAACAUAACGUCCACUUUAUAGAAUGACAGUUAUGGGCUAAAAGGCAAAUGUAUGUAACAAAUGUUUUCAUUAGAUUGUAGAUGUCCUACAUUAGCCAGCUGUAAGCGAACCUAUCCUAGCCUAGACACCGAUGCAGGCCUCUAUCAAAAAUGUGAUUUAUGCUCACUGUCCAAUUUUUCAUUGGGAUAGAUCAAAUAUGCUAUUAUUACAUUUGCUAUGAGCCUAAAUUAAACAUUUUCAAAUCGGUAGACUAUGUUUGACAAUCUUUUACAAAAUGACGCAGGAGAUUUUCGUUUGCAGGCCAGGGCCAGAUUUCCUCGAGCGAGCAAUAGAAUGUGAUCAUGCAGACACAUUUUAUAAAAUGGAAAAAGUAUUCUUAUAUGUUUGCAUCAAAUGCCCUACUCCUGCUGCACAGACCAUAUGGACAGUCUAGAGCUCCUGGUAAAUUGUGCUUAGGAGCAUUUUUUUUAUCUCUAAAUUGUUUUUCUUUGGAAAAUGCACCAAAAAUGCAUUUCUUUAGUAUUUUACAGAUAGAAAGAUUAAAAAAGUAUUUAUCCACAAUCUGCUCUGGACAAGUCCGGUCCUGGAGUGUCUUAACAAAAUGAAACCAAAAAAUGUAGACUGACUUCAUCCAGUGUCCAGAAAAAAAUGGAUUUGCAUGAUAUGCAAAUAUGUACAUAUUUAAUGAAUAUCACCUCAUUUGCAUAUUUUAAUAACAUAUUUUAUAAAAUGUUUAAUAUAUUUGUGUCUAUAUUCAACUGGUAAAAGUGUAUUGUUAUAUGAUUAAGGGGAAAAAAUUACCCUAUGAGGGUGUGGUGCCUGAAAAAUGUGCUGUGAUUGAUUUAUUUUGAUGAUAUGCCAGAAAUCAACAAAACGUGUUUGCCCUCCUUGUGUAUUGGUUCUACACUGAGUCUACAAACACCUGCUCUUUCCAUGACAUAGACUGACCAGGUGAAUCCAGGUGAAAGCUAUGAUCCCUUAUUGAAAGCACUUGUUAAAUCCACUUCAAAUCAGUGUAGAUGAAGGGGAGGAGACAGGUUAAAGAAGGAUUUUUAAGCCUUGAGACAAUUGAGACAUUUUUUACAUUUACAUUUACGUCAUUUAGCAGACGCUCUUAUCCAGAGCGACUUACAAAUUGGUGCAUUCACCUUAUAGCCAGUGGGAUAACCACUUUUUUUCUUCUUUUUUUUUUUGUGGGGUAAGAGGGGAGGUAGUAGGAUUACUUUAUACUAUUCCAGGUAUUCCUUAAAGAGGUGGGGUUUCAAGACAUGGAUUGUGUAUGUGUGCCAUUCAGAGGGUGAAUGGGCAAGACACAACAUUUAAGUGCCUUUGAACGGGGUAUGGUAGUAGGUGCCAGGCACACUGGUUUGAGUGUGUCAAAAACUGCUACGCUGCUGAGUUUGUCACGCUCAACAGUUUCCCAUGUGUAUCAACAAUGGUCCAUCACCCAAAGGACAUCCAGCCAACUUGACCACAACCGUGGGAAGCAUUGAAGUCAACAUGGGGCCAGCAUCCCUGUGGAACGCUUUCGACACCUUGUAGAGUCCACGCCCCGACGAAUUGAGACUGUUCUAAGGGCAAAAGGGGGUGCAACUCAAUAUUAGGAAGGUGUUCCUAAUGUUUUAUACACUCAGUGUAUAUAUAGCAAGUAUUGAUUAUAUAUAGCAUACGUGAUGAAUGAUGAUCACUGCCAUCAACAGCUGUAGAGUUGCUGAUUUGAUUACCUCAGUUCAUGGAAUUGGCUGUGUGAAAGUUUAUAAAGACAAAAUGGCGGACACAUGGAAUUAUAUAAGUUAGGAGGAUAUUUUGUUAUCUAAGAAGGUGAAACUUUUCUUCAGUGUACAUUUAUUGAGCUCGUUGUGUGUGUUUGCACCUGGUAAAAAACCUUAUAGCCUAUUGUGCAAUAUAUUCCCAAACAGCGACAUCAUUUAGGAGAUAAAGGUUGUGAGCACAGUGUUUCUGAUCAGAUCGACGAUGAUAUUGUAAUGUGUGGCUAGGAUGCCACCUUUAGAGCACAGCAUGGUUUCCAGACCAUUGAAAGAGAGAAAUGAAAUAGGCUGAUGAUGUUUCUGACUAUACAGUUAAAAGGCGUGUUGUGUUGGGUGACGUGCUGAAGUCCUCUGUAGUGAAAACUGCCAGAUGGUUGUGUUUAUGAGUCCCCUCGUGUUCUGGCAUGGGCAGUAAGCCAGCGUGCGUUUUCCUCCUUGCUUGGCAGAGAUCUCCGAAAAGGUCAAAUUAUCAACCACAAGCCAAAAGUAUCACAUAAAAAGGUAUAUGCCAUAUCGCACAAUCGAUUGGACUUCCCGAAUGUAGAAUGUUCGCUGUGACAGAAAGUCUAUUAUUUUUUGUAGAUUUUCCCCUUUAAUUCCUUUUUAGAUGACAUUUUAAGGCAGCAAAAUGUGACAACUGUGUAAGAGGUGUGUAGACUUUCACUAGGCCCUGCAAAUGUUUUCAUCUCCCUUCAAUGUUGAACAUGUUCUUCAUCUUAACUCCACCCACUGCGCUGUGAUUGGCCAGGUCCAUCGUGUCUUCUCCAAUGGCGUGGCUGGCCUGGAAGGGACUAUUCAGCGGGGGGACAGCGUCCUGUCCAUCAACGGCAGAAGCUUGGAGGGGACUUCCCACGGAGAAGCCCUGUCCUGUCUCCACCAGGCUAGACUGUCCACUCAUGCCCUGGUGGUCCUUCACAGGGGGAAGGACAGUGAAAGACAGAUGUCCCCGAGACACCAUGACCUGUCCCACCACAUAGGACGAAGCUACUCCCUGGGGUGCAGAGAGAACGAGCCUGAGACGGCUAGACCAGGUAUGGGACUGGGACUGGGAGGGACAGUAAUGUGGUUCUCUGUAGCUCAGCUGGUAGAGCACGGCGCUUGUAACGCCAAGGUAGUGGGUUCAAUCCCCGGGACCACCCAUACACAAAAAAAAUGUAUGCACGCAUGACUGUAAGUCGCUUUGGAUAAAAGCGUCUGCUAAAUGGCAUAUUAUUAUUAUUAUUAUUAUUAUUAAUCCAGAGGACACUUGCACUGUAGAGGUAGAGGAGAGAAUAGAGGAGAUUGUCUGUGAAAUUGAGAAGUAAUGCAUUUGUAAGCCAUUUUGCAUGUACAUUAAAGGUAAUAUGCAGACGUUUUUAUCUCAAUGUCAAAUGAUUUCUGAGUAACAAUUAAGUACCUUACUGUGAUUGUUUUACAAUUAAAAUGGUCAAAAAUAAAUCAAAAUAGCUUCUUGGUGGUCCUCUGUGGUCCUCUGUAGCUCAAUUGUGGUCCUCUGUAGCUCAAUUGGUAGAGCAUGGCGCUUGUAACGCCAGGGUAGUGGGUUCGAUCCCCGGGACCCCCCAUACGUAAAAAUGUAUGCACGCAUGACUGUAAGUCGCUUUGGAUAAAAGCGUCUGCUAAAUGGCAUAUUAUAUUAUAUAUUAUAUUCUUAGCAAAGAGCAAUUUCUCAAGUAAGAAUUCUGCUAGGACUGUCUGGGAGUGGUCUGAAUGGGGAGGGGAAAACUGAAAACUAUCUGAAAUUUUGAAAGAGUUUUGGAACUCUUUCUAAUUGGGCUAUUAACUAAUUUACCUCCUGGUGAUGUCACCAGUUAGGACAAAACUCCAUCCCACCAAAAUAGGCUGAAAUUUCAGGUGGUCUUUUCAAACAGCUCUUACACUAAAAGGACAUUAUCAUCAUUUUCACAAUUUCACAGUAUUACUCCAACCUCAUAGUGUGGAAAUAUAUAUAAAACACAGGAAAAUCAUGUUUUUGACUGCACUGGGCCUUUAACCAAAAAUAUAUAUAUAUACAGUGGGGAGAACAAGUAUUUGAUACACUGCCGAUUUUGCAGGUUUUCCUACUUACAAAGCAUGUAGAGGUCUGUAAUUUUUAUCAUAGGUACACUUCAACUGUGAGAGACGGAAUCUAAAACAAAAAUCCAGAAAAUCACAUUGUAUGAUUUUUAAGUAAUUCAUUUGCAUUUUAUUGCAUGACAUAAAUAUUUGAUCACCUACCAACCAGUAAGAAUUCCGGCCCUCCCCACUGUAUGUGCCAUGUGCAAAGAAAAAAAACAUUAUGUCAACUAAAGGCUUGGUUAAAGCCCUGGGUAGAUUAAAUUGAACAGUUCCCAUUUCUGUUAACGGUUUUGCUCGGAGAAACACAAACAACAGUCUAGUAUAGUUUAGUAAAGAGAAGAACCCUGAGUGUUGUAGCCUUAAGACACACACAGACACACUCUGAGAGCGUGAGUAUUACCAAGCCCCUGUCCUGUCCUGUCCUGUCUGAUCCUGUCUUGUCUUGUCGGAAGAUGUUGUGUGGGAGCCGCCCGAGGACAGUGAGUCAGUCAGGGACAAACUUGUCUGGGCUAGUUCUCUCCUCUCCCAACCCUUAUCCAACGGCUAGUCCUCUCCUCUCCUCUCCCAAUCCUAACCCUUAUCCAACGGCUAGUCCUCUCCUCUCCUCUCCCAACCCUAACCCUUAUCCAACGGCUAGUCCUCUCCUCUCCUCGCCCAACCCUAACCCUUAUCCAACGGCUAGUCCUCUCCUCUCCUCGCCCAACCCUAACCCUUAUCCAACGGCUAGUCCUCUCCUCUCCUCUCCCAACCCUAACCCUUAUCCAAUGGCUAGUCCUCUCCUCUCCCAAUCCUAACCUCAAAAUCCAGAAAAUCACAUUGUAUGAUUUUUAAGUAAUUCAUUUGCAUUUUAUUGCAUGACAUAAGUAUUUGAUACAUCAGAAAAGCAGAACUUAAUAUUUGGUACAGAAACCUUUGUUUGCAAUUAUAGAGAUCAUACGUUUCCUGUAGGUCUUGACCAGGUUUGCACACACUGCAGCAGGGAUUUAGGCCCACUCCACCAUACAGACCUUCUCCAGAUCCUUCAGGUUUCGGGGCUGUCGCUGGGCAAUACGGACUUUCAGCUCCCUCCAAAGAUUUUCUAUUGGGUUCAGGUCUGGAGACUGGCUAGGCCACUCCAGGACCUUGAGAUGCUUCUUACGGAGCCACUCCUUAGUUGCCCUGGCUGUGUGUUUCGGGUCGUUGUCAUGCUGGAAGACCCAGCCACGACCCAUCUUCAAUGCUCUUACUGAGGGAAGGAGGUUGUUGGCCAAGAUCUCGUGAUACAUGGCCCCAUCCAUCCUCCCCUCAAUACGGUGCAGUCGUCCUGUCCCCUUUGCAGAAAAGCAUCCCCAAAGAAUGAUGUUUCCACCUCCAUGCUUCACGGUUGGGAUGGUGUUCUUGGGGUUGUACUCAUCCUUCUUCUUCCUCCAAACACGGCGAGUGGAGUUUAGACCAAAAAGCUCAAUUUUUGUCUCAUCAGACCACAUGACCUUCUCCCAUUCCUCCUCUGGAUCAUCCAGAUGGUCAUUGGCAAACUUCAGACGAGCCUGGACAUGCGCUGGCUUGAGCAGGGGGACCUUGCGUGCGCUGCAGGAUUUUUAAUCCAUGACGGCGUAGUGUGUUACUAAUGGUUUUCUUUGAGACUGUGGUCCCAGCUCUCUUCAGGUCAUUGACCAGGUCCUGCCGUGUAGUUCUGGGCUGAUCCCUCACCUUCCUCAUGAUCAUUGAUGCCCCACGAGGUGAGAUCUUGCAUGGAGCCCCAGACCGAGGGUGAUUGACCAUCAUCUUGAACUUCUUCCAUUUUCUAAUAAUUGCGCCAACAGUUGUUGCCUUCUCACCAAGCUGCUUGCCUAUUGUCCUGUAGCCCAUCCCAGCCUUGUGCAGGUCUACAAUUUUAUCCCUGAUGUCCUUACACAGCUCUCUGGUCUUGGCCAUUGUGGAGAGGUUGGAGUCUGUUUGAUUGAGUGUGUGGACAGGUGUCUUUUAUACAGGUAACGAGUUCAAACAGGUGCAGUUAAUACAGGUAAUGAGUGGAGAACAGGAGGGCUUCUUAAAGAAAAACUAACAGGUCUGUGAGAGCCGGAAUUCUUACUGGUUGGUAGGUGAUCAAAUACUUAUGUCAUGCAAUAAAAAGCAAAUUAAUUACUUAAAGAUCAUACAAUGCGAUUUUCUGGAUUUUUGUUUUAGAUUCCGUCUCUCACAGUUGAAGUGUACCUAUGAUAAAACUUACAGACCUUUACAUGCUUUGUAAGUAGGAAAACCUGCAAAAUCGUCAGUGUAUCAAAUACUUGUUCUCCCCACUGUAUAUAUAUUUUUUUUUUGUCAUUUAGCAGACGCUCUUAUCCAGAGGGACUUACAGGAGCAAUUAGGGUUAAGUUCCUUGCUCAAGGGCACAUCGACAGAUUUUUCACCUAGUCGGCUCGGGGAUUAGAACCAGCGACCUUUCGGUUACUGGCACAACGCUCUUAACCACAAACGUAUUAUCAUUAAUGAUUUUAAUACAUAUAAUCACACUCCAGUUCCUAUAGUGGCCCUGUAUGGCUCAGUUGGCAGAGCAUGGCGCUUGCAACGCCAGGAAUGUGGGUUCAAUUCCCGGGACCACUCUUACGUAAAAUAUAUGCACGUGUGACUGUAAGUCGCUUUGGAAAAAAGCGUCUGCUAAAUAGCAUAUAUUAUUAUAUUACAUGACUAUUCAUGCUAUAAAAUAGAAUUGUUUGGUAUUGUUUACCUGUGUGUGUUCCAGUGGAGGUGGGUCCUGACGGGGUUCUGAAGGCGGAGCUCCUGAAGACGUCAGCUGGUCUGGGCUUCAGUCUGGAGGGGGGCAAAGCCUCGGUGCAUGGAGACCGUCCCCCUCAACGUCAAACGAGUCUUCAAAGGUCAGCACACACACACACACACACACACACACACACACACACACACACACACACACACACACACACACACACACACACACACACACACACUCACACUCACACUCACACUCACACCACACACACACACACACACACACACACUCACACACACACACACACACACACACCUCAGUCUCUAUUUCCCAUGGUGAAUGUAGUGUGCGCUCUAGGUGAGGGUUUCUUUAACUCUGCUAGUAGAUACCAUACCCCCCCCCCCCUCCCCGGGUGCACGUUUUGGGUUUUGCCCUAGCACUACACAGCUGAUUCAAAUAACCAACUCAUCAUCAAGCUUAGAUUAUUUGAAUCAACUGUGUAGUGCUGUGUCAAAUCGGAGGGCCUGUUGUCUGGACCUAUGGCAGUCUCUAUGGGGGUGCCACAGGGUUCAAUUCUCGGUCCGACUCUUUUCUCUGUGUAUAUCAAUGAUGUCGCUCUUGCUGCUGGUGACUCUCAGAUCCACCUCUACGCAGACAACACCAUUUUGUAUACAUCUGGACCUUCAUUGGACACUGUGUGGCACCCGCCCACCUGACUAGAAUCACUACUCUCGACGGGUCUGACCUAGAGUAUGUGGACAACUACAAAUACCUAGGUGUCUGGUUAGACUGUAAACUCUCCUUCCAGACUCACAUUAAGAAUCUCCAAUCCAAAGUUAAAUCUAGAAUCGGCUUCCUAUUUCGCAACAAAGCCUCCUUCACUCAUGCUGCCAAACAUGCCCUCGUAAAACUGACUAUCCUACCGAUCCUUGACUUUGGCAAUGUCAUUUACAAAAUAGCUUCCAACACUCAACUCAGCAAAUUGGAUGUAGUCUAUCACAGUGCCAUCCGUUUUGUCACCAAAGCCCCAUAUACUACCCACCACUGUGACCUGUACGCUCUCAUUGGCUGGCCCUCACUACAUAUUCGUCGCCAAACAGGACUGAGUUUGGGAAACCCUGAUCGAGGCAGUAUGUUUCUUCAUGACUGGGCUUGUGGGCUCAGUCAGUAUCGGUCCAUGCUCACCAGAUGGCGCCAGUGACCAGUAUGCUAGUCAGAACAGGCAGGGUCAGUGAGUUGUCUGCCAACACAUCAUCACAAAGAGGAGAGGAGAGGAGAGGAGAGGAGAGGAGAGGAGAGGAGAGGCAGUGCAGUCAAGUAUCUAUUACAACAUGUUUCAUAGAGCCACAACCAAAGUCCUUAAACUGCUCCUCUGUGUAAAUACAAGGUGUGUUCAUUAAACUUAUGGGUAACAUUUUACUUAAAGGGAUAGUUCAGGAUUUUGGCAAUGAAUCCCUUUAUCUACUUCCCCAGCACCAGAUGAACUCGUGGAUACCAUUUUUAUGUCUCUGCAUCAAGUAUGAAGGAAGUUAGAGGUAGUUUAGCGAUGCCAAUGCUAACUAGCGUUAGCGCAAUGGCUGGAAUCUAUGGGUAUCUGCUAGCAUAACACUAGUUAGCAACUUCCUUCAGACUGCACACAUAAAAAUGGGAUCCACACGUUCAUCAGACUCUAGGGAAGUAGAUAAAGGUCUUCAUUGCCAAAAUCCUGAAGUAUCCCUUUAAAGCCAAGAAGUAUUAUGAUGCCCACAUAUAAUACAUUAUAAGACUUGUCAUAAGCAUGCACAGUAUAACCCCUUAUAUUGUCUUAUUAUCAUGUCAUAAUGAUCCUGACUAACCAUGUUCUCCUCCCAUCCUCUAGGUGGCGCUGCGGAGCUGUCGCGGGUUGUGGACGUGGGGGACGAGGUUCUGGAGGUGAACGGGCACUCGCUGCAGGGCCUCAUGCACUACGACGCCUGGAACAUCAUCAAGACCGCCAGCGAAGGCCCCGUGCAGCUUGUCAUCAGGAAAGCGCGGACCUCU